AUCGUUUCCUUCGCUGUGUGAGGAAGCUUUGCAGAUCUUCCUGACUUUUUCAUUGUGGGUUUGGAGGCGUCUGUCCUGAUGAAGUGUCGGCAGGGGAGGGAGGAGGAGACCAGAGAGAGAGGAAGGAAGGAAGCGAGGAUAACGUCACGAGCAGCAGAAUCGGAGUAAAACGGACUCUGUGGUGUUUCAUGGACAGUCCUUGAUGCGAGCCGGGCUCCGAGCUGCUUUUUGGGGGGUUUUUUAAAGACGAAAUUUCGGUGUGUUCAGAGAGAGGAUGCUUUUGUGAAGAGAGAGGAGGCUGUUCGCAGAGGAAAACGGCGACCUAUAAGCAGCAGAUUUCCCAUCUCUUCUUUCUGGAGCUCCACUAAAGCCGAGAAAAUGUGUGGAGCCCUCCUCCGUUCGCCUGCUUGCUGAAAGGAUUUGCCUUAUAAUCGUGACAUAAGUGGACCCUCUCUGCUGCAGCUUCUUUCUUUUUUUAAUGACUGGAAAAAAUAUCUAGUUUAACCCUGCGUAGGAUUUGUAAGUGGACUGUUUUUUUUUUUGACGACGGGGGAGAAAAAAAAGCAGCAGAAUCAUCGGGAGAAUUAACAGGUGACUGCUAAGACAAAUCCAAAAUGAGUGAGCUGGAGCAGCUUCGCCAGGAGGCCGAGCAGCUGAGGAACCAGAUAAGAGAUGCCAGGAAAGCAUGCGGAGAUUCAACCCUGACACAGAUAACAGCCGGUCUGGAUCCAGUGGGGAGGAUUCAGAUGCGGACGAGACGCACCCUCAGGGGCCACCUCGCCAAGAUCUACGCCAUGCACUGGGGAACAGACUCGAGGCUUCUGGUUAGCGCCUCACAGGAUGGAAAACUGAUCGUGUGGGACAGCUACACCACUAACAAGAUCCAUGCCAUCCCCCUGCGCUCGUCCUGGGUGAUGACCUGUGCGUACGCUCCCUCUGGGAACUACGUAGCCUGCGGAGGCCUGGACAACAUCUGCUCCAUCUACUGCCUGAAGACACGUGAAGGCAACGUCAGGGUCAGCAGGGAGCUACCUGGCCACACAGGUUACCUGUCAUGUUGCCGUUUCGUUGAUGACAAUCAAAUAAUCACGAGUUCCGGAGACACCACAUGUGCACUGUGGGACAUCGAGACGAGCCAGCAGACCACGGUUUUCUCCGGCCACAGCGGCGACGUCAUGAGCCUGUCCCUGGCGCCCGACCUUCGCACCUUCGUGUCGGGAGCCUGUGACGCCUCGGUCAAACUGUGGGACAUCAGAGACAGCAUGUGCCGGCAGACCUUCACAGGCCACGAGUCAGACAUCAACGCCAUCUGUUUCUUUCCCAACGGCAGCGCCUUCGCCACAGGCUCCGACGACGCCACCUGCAGGCUGUUUGACCUGCGUGCAGACCAGGAGCUCAGCCUCUAUUGCCAUGACAACAUCAUCUGUGGCAUCACCUCCGUGGCUUUCUCCCGCUCUGGCCGCCUGCUGCUGGCUGGUUACGAUGAUUUUAACUGCAACAUCUGGGACGCCAUGAAGGGAGACCGAGCAGGAGUCCUGGCCGGCCAUGACAAUCGUGUGAGCUGUUUGGGUGUGUCGGAUGACGGCAUGGCGGUGUGCACCGGGUCCUGGGACAGCUUCCUUAAGAUCUGGAACUGAGCCACAUAAAACCGCAAACACACAUACACACACACACACACACACACACACACACAUGCACACAUACAUGCAAACAUGCACGCACAUGUCCGACAAACAGGCACCGCUCCCACUGCUUGGGACACAGUUUGCACCCUGUAAUCACUGUAUGUAAGAUUCAAUCCGCAACAUUUUACUGUACAUAAUAUAUAUGACUUAGGUAUGAGUUUACACACACAGACAAACACACACACACACACACACACACACACACACACACACACACACACACACACACACACACA